AUGGAUUAUUUUUCGUGGAAAGAAGAUGAUAUCAAACCGGAUGAGAAAUUAAUUAAGGAAUUAGAUGAGGGUUUGAUUAAGCAUGAAGAUGUAAUAAAAAUAUCAAAGUUACUGAGAGACUUUCGUUCAUUAAAAUUUGACAAUUUAAAUUAUCACUCAGACAAAUGUAUAUUAGCAAGAGAAUAUGCAAUUAUAUACAUGUCGACAUAUAAAAAGCAUAUCGAUUUGUUAAAAGAUGAUACUAUACAAAUGAUAGUAAAAACAAUAAAAAGAACAGUAUUAGGUAUCAAGAAUAUAAUAAGCAAUGUGACAGAACAAAUAAUAAAAUGCUUUAAUAUGAUAAGAAACCUAUAUAAUGAUAUGUUAAAAUUAAAUAAUAUAUAUUUAUUUGAUUAUUGUUUAUUUUCAAUAAUUAAUGAAGUACUAGGGAUAUUGAAUGACGAACAAAUAUAUCAAUCAAAAGCAUCAAUAUGGGGUGUUUCAGCUUUUUUAGCAUUAAUAAUUUCAAAUUAUAAAAAGGCAUAUUUUAUAUAUAAAGGAAUAAUGUCUUAUAAAUGUAUUUAUGUAAUCCCGUUAUUUAUAAAUGAUAUGGAAGAAACAAUGAAAGAAAAAAAAAUUACACAAGAUGAAUUAUAUAAUAUUAUACUUAAAGAAAAUGAUGAAAACAUUUGUUCAAAUUACUCAAGAAUUGAAGCUUUUGUUAAAUUACAUUUAUCACUUUUUAUAAUUUUAAAUGAUACUAGAGAAGUAUGGAGUUAUAUAUCAGAGAUAUUAAAUAGCGCUUUUAGACGAAAGACAUAUAUAUAUUUUUGUUUAAUAUAUGCAGCACUUGAUGUUUCUUCAUAUUAUUGUAAAGUUACCUAUGGUCCUUUUUUUGAUAACUUAAUGAUAUUGCUAAAAAACAAAUUAAUGCCAAUUUUAGAAGAAGAAUUAAAAAAAAAUCCACCUCCAUCUAAUUUCGAGAAAAUGGUAGAUUACUAUGUAAAAAAACUACAUGUAGAAUAUUUAAAUGAUAAUCAAACUUUUCCAUUCCCUGAAGAAAUAGUGGUUAUACCUGAUGAAAAGUUGUUAUAUAUGGGGUUAUAA